AAAAAAGUUUAUAUUUUCUACCUAAAACAUGGGAAACCACAACACUUUAACAAUAUUUGUACAAAGCCUGGUAACUCCAUUUUGACUUAAGGAUUUGAUUUUGACGUUGAUUGCAUUGACAUUGGAAUGACAACGCGUAUAACCUCAAAGACUGCAGAAUUUUCAAAACAAACGGGAUAUAAAAUAAGAAACCAUGAUUUUCUUUUACAUUUUAAGUAUUUUAUCUUUAGCUGUUCAAGCUAUAUUCGUCACUCUGGCCAUUGCGGCCGGACUAUAUUAUUUAGCAGAAUUAGUUGAGGAGUACACUGUUAUGGCUAAAUAUAUUAUCACAUGGGCUGUUAUAGCCACAGCAGCUAUCCACAUAGGCCUCCUUCUCUUCGAGGACGUUCCUCUUCACCUGAACGCUCUGGGCCUUCUCCAGCAGUUCUUCCACGUUCUCCUGCUUCGAGACUUCCCCGUCGUCAGGGUCCUGAGCGUACCCUUCGUGGCAGGAGUCCUGACGCUAAUUCUGCAUCAUUAUAUGGCCUUCAAGUUCUUUGGGGCUGUGUAUUACACGUUUACAGAGGUUCUCGCGUACUUCACUCUAUGUUUAUGGAUCGUUCCGUUCGCGUUAUUCGUGUCUUUGUCAGCGAACGACUACGUUUUGCCCACUACUGGGGAAAAACAGCCACUUUUAUUAGGAGAUAAUAAUGUAUUAACAGAUUACCUCUCUCGCAAAUCGAAGAGAUAUAGUCUUCUCUCAUUCUUCAGUUUUGCAAAAGAGUCAAUUUUACCUCAAAGGAGCAAGAAAGCAUUCUGAACACGGAUGCGGAUUUACGGAUCUCGGAUGUGAAUUAGGAAAUUGUAUAUACCAGAGUGCUAGCCAGGUAGAGGAUUAUUUAAAAUGACUUCCGUACGGAUUUCAUUAUUUAUUUUGGGAAAACGGAUGCGAGUUUGGUGUUCUGAAGAUCAUCAUCAGCAUAUUGGUGAGGCGAAUAAUAAUUACUACUGCGCUACAUCCGGGUUCGAUCCCCAAGCAGGACAAAUAAUUUUGUGUUCCACGAAUGCUUUUUAUAUGUCUGGGUGUCUGUGUGCA